UUGAAAUAUAAACCUUAUAUCUUUCAAAUGAAGAAGAAUUAUAGGCACACUUCUUUUAUAUUUCUCUUUGUUCUUCUACUUAUUUUUGCCACUACAUUUUCCAUAAUAUCAGUUGAUGCAAGGAAACAUCACCAUACCAAAAAGAGCAAAAUACACCACAAACAUAAGAAACAACAGAAAAAUGGAGAUGGAAAUAAAGCACCAAAUUGUACAAAUUCUCCUUCUCCUGCCCCAUCUCCAUCUCCAUCUCCAUCUCAUGGUUUUUACCCAACACAAUCUCCCAUUUUUAAUAUCUUAUCCUUUGGAGCCAAAGGUGAUGGAAUUUCUGAUGAUACCAAGGCACUUGAAGCAGCAUGGGAAGCAGCUUGCAAAGUCCAAGGGGCUACUCUAGAGAUUCCUUCAGAAUUUCAAUUCUUAAUCAAUCCCAUUACACUUCAAGGACCAUGCAUGCCAAACUUUGUUUUUCAGGUAGAUGGAAUUAUUUUGGCUCCUCCAAAAGUAGGGUCCUGGCCAAAAUCCAGCUUGUUUCAGUGGUUGAAUGUUAAGUGGAUGUACAACUUUACCAUCCAAGGUACUGGCACCCUUGAUGGCCAAGGCUAUAACUGGUGGAAACUUUCUCAAAUUGAUUAUUUUCAGGUGAUGAAGAAAUCUGAAAACACUCCUGAUAUGAAACCAACUGUUUUACGAUUUUAUGGUAGCUAUAAUGUGACAAUACGUGAUAUCAAAAUUAUAAACAGUCCUCAAUGUCACCUUAAAUUUGACAAUUCUAAAGGGGUAAAAAUCAACAAUGUUACAAUUUCUGCACCAGAAAAUAGCCCAAACACUGAUGGAAUUCACCUCCAAAACACACAAGAUGUUGAGAUCCAUCACUCCAAUAUAGGAACAGGAGAUGAUUGCAUAUCAAUUCAAACUGGUUGCUCCAAUAUUCAUGUUCAUCACCUAAAUUGUGGUCCUGGACAUGGCAUAAGCCUAGGAGGACUAGGAAAAGAUAAAAGUGUUGCGUGCGUUUCAGACAUCAUUGUUGACAACGUGAACUUGCAAAGCACUAUGUAUGGUGCAAGGAUUAAGACAUGGCAGGGGGGUGUUGGAAUAGUCAAGAACAUAUCAUUUACAAACAUUCAAGUAUCAAAUGUUAAGGUACCAAUCAUGAUAGAUCAAUAUUAUUGUGACAAACAUGUGUGCAGAAAUCAAACAGGAGCAGUAGCAAUAUCCAACGUUAAAUUCAAUCAAAUUAUUGGAACUUAUUCAACCAAACCAAUUCAUCUAGCUUGCAGUAAUUCAAUUCCAUGCACAGACGUUGAUUUAAUUGAUAUUCAAUUAAAACCAUCGACGAAUUAUCGAGGAAUCAAUCAACUAGGGUUGUGUUGGAAUUCUUACGGAAAAUCACAAGCACCACUUCUUCCUUCAAGUAUGGAUUAUUGUGUUAGAAGGGGAAGUGGACUUGUUAGAGGAAUUUCAAGAUCUCAUGAACAUGUUUGCUUGUGAAUUUUUUAUUUUUAAUUUAAAUUUCUAGGUGAUAUUGUAAUUAAUUAAGUAAUUUGUGUUUGUUUUUAAAGUUUCUAUGGUUUGUUUUG